AUGUCCUAUGACCGCCCCUCUACGGCGCCGAUUACUACUCAAAGCGCCGACAAAGCGAGUGUUAGCCCACCUUACACGGCACGGGAACGUUUUGCACGGCGAUUACCAUCAGAGUUUGUCGUCCCAAUAUCUGGCGGUAUCUCGGGAGCUGUAGCUGGCCUGGUUAGUUGCCCAUUGGAUGUAAUCAAGACAAAGUUACAGGCACAAGGUGGCUUUAGACGAUCAAGAGGCGGGGUUGAGGUUACCGCAGCUGCAUAUAGAGGUGUUGCUGGUUCUGCUUCGACAAUAUGGAAAGAGGAUGGCAUCAGAGGAAUGUAUCGAGGACUAGGCCCCAUGUUGUUGGGCUACAUUCCGACAUGGGCGGUUUAUUUAACAGUAUACAAUAAAACACAGGCUUUCUUUCGAACAAAAACUGACAAUUGGUUCAUCGCCAAUGUGUAUGCCUCACUAAGUGGAGGCGCAUGCUCGACAUUGGCUACCAAUCCUAUCUGGGUCAUUAAGACUCGGCUAAUGUCCCAGUCAAGCUCAAGAGAAGACAAAACUCACUCGAAAGCCCCGUGGCAUUACCGUAACACGAUGGAUGCUGCCCGCAAGAUGUACCUUCACGAAGGAAUCUUGUCCUUUUACUCUGGCUUGACGCCGGCUCUACUUGGCUUAGCUCACGUUGCCGUACAAUUCCCGCUAUACGAGGUCUUCAAAGAAAGGUUCACUGGCCUGGGUAAAGGUGUAAACGAGUCUGCUGAGGAUCGGAGCCAUCACUUUUACGGGCUCGCUGGGGCGGUUUUCUUAAGCAAAGUUUGUGCGAGCACCGCAACGUAUCCGCACGAAGUUGUGCGUACCAGGCUUCAGACUCAGCAACGAUCGAGUAUAACACCCUCUGCAAAUUCAUUGCAUCGCAAUGGUAUUGCGAAAGCAAGUGAUCGUGGCAAACCGCCAAACCUCAUUCCACCAGCCGUUCAAAUACUCCAAAGUAAAGGCACCUGGCAGACGUGCAAGAUCAUUUACAUGGAGGAAGGCUGGAGAGGCUUCUAUGCCGGACUUGGGACGAACCUUAUUCGCGCAGUGCCGUCUGCCAUGACGACCAUCUUGACAUUUGAGUAUCUGAAAAAAACUUUCUUCUAUAUGCAACGCGAUCACGAUGACCCAAAUGGCACACGGGCAGCCGCGGUGACUUAG